CGGCGCCAAUUGCUGCAAACGAGUUUAGUGACCAUCGUACCAGUCCGUGAUGUGUCACUAUUUUAGCUUUGAAGAAUUUUCGACGUGUUUUGUGUUUUUAAAUAAUUAUUGAGAUUAACCAUAAAAAUACAUAAUCAUGCUCACUCGGAGGGAAAACCUUUUGAUUCGCCCGUGGCAGCAACGGCGCUUCAACAGUCACAAAGAAAAGGUCAAGUCUGCAAAAGCCGUCAUCGAUUCAGGUCCCCCUAAGGAAAGGGGUCAUGUUACACUGAAGCUAAAAAAGCUGCAAUUUGAAGAGGAAAGGACAGAGAAAAUUGAGAAGGAUAACAUUCGUCUCUUGCAGAGAAUGGCUGCGAUCAUGAGCACAAGUCGUUUGGACAACCGAUGGCUUACUGAUCCGCCUGGAGGUUUUCUAGGGCGUAUUGGAAUAUAUGGACCUGUUCUGGGCCAUCGCAGGUUGAGUGACGAAUGCUUGAAAUUUCCUGACAUUCAUGAAAAAAGAUCAGAGUGCACAGCUUGCAGGAUUAGGGAGAUGCAGAAGGAAUACGAACAGUUGAAAUCGAAGAAGGAAUUUUUGAAGAAGGGCCAAUCUACGAUCUGUUCGAAGGAGUGCGAAACUGCUGCGGUAGUGAAGAGGGAAAGACCCAAGUCGGCUAAAGGCAAGACGAGAAAAAGUGCUCAUCCCAGCAAGUACAAGACGAAGCCGGUAGUCAGACUGAGACCUCUCUCUGGAAACAAGGUUGUGUUCACUCGUGGCCCACUUGAGGUGAGCGUUAGCUACCCAAACAACACUCAAGUGGUCCUUAAAAGAAUUGGUGAUGCACCAAAAAUAAUUGAUUCAGAGUUUUGCGAAUGCAAAGCGCUGCAAAAGUUAUAAUGAGAGAUCCAACUUCGUGUUCAGCUAUAUAGUCAAUCGUAGGCAUUCAAUAAUAUAAAACCAUGGGCCGUUGGUAUUUAUAAAAAGAAAUAAAACAUUCAAAAAGCGAAUAAGAUAACACAUUAGU